AUGGAGGCAGCCGCAGGCGGAGGCUGCGGCUCUGGGCCGCCGCUGCCGCUGCUGCUGAGCGAGAGCGAGCAGCAGUGCUACUCGGAGCUCUUCGCACGCUGUGCGGGCGCUGCGACCGGGGGCCCCGGGACCGGGCCCCCCGAGGCCGCCAGGGUCGUUCCAGGAGCCGCCACUGCGGCUGCUGGUCCCGUGGCUGACCUGUUCAGGGCGUCGCAGCUGCCCGCUGAGACGCUGCACCAGAUCACAGAACUGUGUGGUGCAAAGCGGGUUGGUUAUUUUGGUCCAACACAAUUUUAUGUUGCUCUGAAAUUAAUUGCUGCGGCACAGUCUGGUCUCCCUGUGCGGAUGGAGAGUAUUAAAUGUGAAUUGCCUCUGCCUCGCUUUAUGAUGUCAAAGAAUGAUGGUGACAUACGAUUUGGGAACCCAGCUGAGCUGCAUGGAGCUAAGAUUCAAAUUCCAUACUUAACUGUGGAAAAAAAUUCUGUCAAAAGAAUGGAUGAUGAGGAGAAGCAGCAGGACACACAGUCUCCCACAAUGUCACCGCUCACCUCCCCUCCUUCUUCGCCGCCUCAUUACCAGCGGGUGCCCUUGAGCCAUGGCUACAGCAAACUGCGGAGCAGUGGGGAGCAGAUGCACGCAGCUCCAUAUGAAGCAAGACAGCCGCCGCUUGUGCAGCCAGAGGGCGCCUCGUCCGGGGGCCCAGGCACCAAGCCUCUGCGGCACCAGGCCUCUCUUAGCCGGUCCUUUUCAGUGGAGAGAGAGCUGCAGGAUCGCAGCAGUAAUUACCCCGAGGAGCCCUGGCGGAUAACGGACGAGCAGCGGGAGUACUACGUCAACCAGUUCCGCUCCCUGCAGCCUGACCCCACUUCCUUCAUCUCAGGUUCUGUGGCCAAAAACUUCUUCACGAAAUCAAAGCUUUCCAUUCCAGAACUCUCCUAUAUAUGGGAGCUUAGUGAUGCUGACUGUGAUGGUGCUCUGACCCUGCCCGAGUUCUGUGCUGCGUUUCAUCUCAUUGUGGCCCGGAAGAACGGCUACCCACUGCCUGAGGGCCUGCCUCCGACUCUGCAACCAGAGUACCUGCAAGCAGCUUUUCCUAAGCCUAAAUGGGAGUGCACAUUAUUUGAUUCUUAUUCUGAGUCAAUGCCAGCAAACCAACAGCCUCGUGACUUGAAUCGAAUGGAGAAGACAUCUGUUAAAGAAAUGGCUGACUUUCCCAUUCCUACUCAAGAUGUGACUGGUGAUGACAAACAAGCUUUGAAAAGUACUGUCAAUGAAGCUUUACCAAAAGACGCGUCUGAGGAUUCAGCAACUCCUAAGGAUUCCAACGGUCUCAAAGCAAGACCAAGAUCCAGAUCUUACUCUAGCACCUCCAUAGAAGAGGCCAUGAAACGGGGUGAGGACCCCCCCACCCCGCCACCGCGACCACAGAAAACUCAUUCCAGAGCCUCCUCCUUGGAUCUGAAUAAAGUCUUCCAACCCAGUGUGCCAGCCACUAAAUCAGGACUGUUACCCCCACCACCUGCACUCCCCCCGAGACCUUGUCCUUCACAGGCUGAGCAAGUAUCUGAGGCCGAGUUACUCCCACAGUUGAGCAGAGUUCCUUCACAGGCUGGAGAAAGUAGUCCAGCAAAGAAGGAUGCACCAUAUUCUCAGCCCCCUUCAAAGCCCAUUCGUAGGAAAUUCAGACCUGAGAACCAAGCUACAGAAAACCCAGAGCCUUCUGCCACUGUAGGUGGGCCAGCUUCAACAGCAACGGUGAAGCCUCAUCCGAUGGUCCAAAAACAGUCUUCCAAACAGAAGAAGGCCAUUCAGACUGCCAUCCGCAAAAAUAAAGAGGCCAAUGCAGUGCUGGCCCGUCUGAACAGUGAACUCCAACAGCAGCUCAAGGAAGUUCAUCAAGAACGGAUUGCGUUGGAAAAUCAAUUGGAGCAGCUUCGUCCAGUCACUGUGUUGUGACCUCCUAAGGUUCCGGUGACAGUGGGUGACCUUAUCUGCCAAGAUGUUUUCUUCAACGCUUUGAGCCUAACUACUUGUUAUAGAUGUCUGACUAUGUCAAAGCUGUGAGCAGCAGAAUAUGCUCUGUAUGACCUUUUCUGAUGCACUUCACUUGUACAUUUCAAUGUGGUAGAAAAAAUGCUUCAACUGAUUAUCACACUUGAAAUUAUAAUGAUGAUCAGUGAAAUUUAUCCCCAUUUCGAAGUACUUUCUCAAGGUAUUAGAUGCUGCUCCCUACCUUAAAUCACUCCUUUAGCAAAUACAAAUAAUUUAGAGCAUUAUUUAUUUAAAGAAUUUAUGAUUUGUACAAAAUCUUUAACCAAGUACCUUCAGGAUGCUUGUUUUAUUUUUGUAUGUAUACUACAUACAAGCAGUUGG